GCCCCGCGGUGGGAGGAGGCUUGCGUGCCGCGUCUGCGGGAAGGAGCCUGGAGCCAGCCCGAGCCGGGGCGAAGAACCGAGAGGCCCGCGGAGCCGCGAGGAGAACGCUCGGGCGCCGCUGAGCUGGGGGCCGCGGCCGGCCGGCCUACGGGCCCAGCCCGGCCUGGCGCUGAGGGGGACGUGCGCUGUGGAGACGUGGAGGAGCGAGGCGCCGCGGCCUGAGUGAGACCCAAUAAAAAGAGCAUGACAUUUGGAGGCAGAAGACUUAGUUUCAAAUCCCUGCUCCUUCACUUACUAAUUUUGUGGUUUGGCUUCUAUGAAUAAAAUUUCCAUGAACACUCUUGUACAUGUCUUUUGGAGGAGUUAAGCACUCAUUUAUUUUGGCUAUACCCCCUGUCUGGAAAUAUCUGUGCAAGAUGUUGACGUUGCAAACUUGGAUAGUGCAAGCCUUGUUUGUUUUCCUCACCACUGAAUCUAUAGGUGGACUUCUAGAUCCAUGUGGGUAUAUCAACCCUGAAUCUCCAGUUGUACAACUUGGUUCUAAUUUCACUGCAGUUUGUGUGCUAAAGGAAAAAUGUAUGGAUUAUUUCCAUGUAAAUGCUAAUUACAUCUUCUGGAAAACAAACCAUGUUACUGUUCCUAAAGAACAAUAUACUGUCAUAAACAGAACAGCAUCUAGUGUCACAUUUACAAAUAUAUCUUUAUUGAAUAUUCAACUCACUUGCAACAUUCGUACGUUUGGACAGAUUGAUCAGAAUGUUUAUGGAAUCAGAAUAAUUUCAGGCUUGCCUCCAGAAAAACCUAAAAAUUUGAAUUGCAUUGUGAAUGAAGGAAAGAAAAUGAUGUGUCAGUGGGCUCCUGGAAGGGAAACGUACCUGGAAACAAACUUCACUUUAAAAUCUGAAUGGGCAACAGAGAAGUUUGAUGAUUGUGAAGCAAAACGUGAUACCCCCACCUCAUGCACUGUUGAUUAUUCUCCUGUGUAUUUUGUCAACAUUGAAGUCUGGGUAGAAGCAGAGAAUGCCCUUGGGAAGGUUACAUCAGAUCAUAUCAAUUUUGAUCCUAUAGAUAAAGUGAAGCCCAAUCCACCACAUAAUUUAUCAGUCAGCAACUCAGAGGAACUGUCUAGUAUCUUAAAAUUGACAUGGAUCGACUCAAGUAUUAAGACUUUUAUCAGACUGAAAUACAACAUUCAAUAUAGGACCAAAGAUGCUUCAACUUGGAGCCAGAUUCCUCCUGAAGAUACAGCAUCCACUCGAUCUUCAUUCACUGUCCAGGACCUUAAGCCUUUUACAGAAUAUGUGUUUAGAAUUCGUUGUAUGAAGGCAGAUGGUAAAGGAUUCUGGAGUGACUGGAGUGAAGAAGCAAGUGGCAUCACAUAUGAAGAUAGACCAUCUAAGGCACCAAGUUUCUGGUAUAAGAUAGAACCAUCCCAUACUCAUGGCCAUAGAUCUGUACGACUCAUAUGGAAGACAUUGCCUCCUUUUCAAGCCAAUGGAAAUAUUUUGGAUUAUGAAGUGACUCUCACAAGAUGGAAAUCACGUUUACAAAAUUACUCAGUUAAUGACACAGAACUGACGGUAAACCUCACAAAUGAUCGCUAUAUAGCGACUUUAACAGCAAGAAAUCUGGUUGGCAAAUCAGAUGCAUCUGUUUUAACUAUCCCUGCCUGUGACUUUCAAGCUACUCACCCCGUAAAGGAUCUUAAGGCAUUUCCCAAAGAUAACGUGCUUUGGGUAGAAUGGACUGCUCCGAAUGAAUCUGUAAACAAAUAUGUACUUGAGUGGUGUGUGUUAUCGGAUAAAUUGCCCUGUAACCCAGACUGGCAACAAGAAGACGGUACUGUCCAUCGCACCUAUUUAAGAGGAAACCUAGCAGAGAGCAAAUGUUAUUUGAUAAAAGUUACUCCAGUAUAUGCUGAUGGCCCAGGAAGCCCCGAGUCUGUAAAGGCAUACCUUAAACAAGCUCCGCCUUCCAAAGGACCUACUGUUCGGACAAAAAAAGUGGGGAAAAAUGAAGCUGUCUUAGAGUGGGACCAACUUCCUGUUGAUGUUCAGAAUGGAUUCAUCAGAAAUUAUACUAUAUUUUAUAGAACCAUCAUUGGAAAUGAAACUGCCGUAAACGUGGAUUCUUCCCACACAGAAUAUACACUGUCCUCUUUGACUAGUGACACUUUGUACAUGGUACGAAUGGCAGCAUACACAGAUGAAGGUGGAAAGUAUGGUCCAGAAUUCACAUUUACCACACCAAAGUUUGCUCAAGGAGAAAUUGAAGCCAUAGUUGUGCCUGUUUGCUUAGCAUUCCUCUUGACAACCCUUUUGGGAGUAUUGUUCUGCUUUAAUAAACGAGACUUAAUAAAAAAACACAUCUGGCCUAAUGUUCCAGAUCCUUCAAAGAGUCAUAUUGCCCAGUGGUCCCCUCACACACCUCCAAGGCAUAAUUUUAAUCCAAAAGAUCAAAUGUAUUCAGAUGGCAAUUUCACUGAUGUAAGUGUUGUGGAAAUAGAAGCAAACGACAGAAAGCCCUUUACAGAAGAUCUGAAAUCAUUGGAGCUAUUCAAGAAGGAAAAAAUUAGUACUGAAGGACACAGCAGUGGUAUUGGAGGGUCUUCGUGCAUGUCAUCUUCUAGGCCAAGCAUUUCUAGCAGUGAUGAAAAUGAAUCUGCACAAAACACUUCGAGCACUGUCCAGUAUUCCACUGUGGUGCACAGUGGCUACAGACACCAGGUUCCGUCAGUCCAAGUCUUCUCAAGAUCCGAGUCUACCCAGCCUUUGUUAGAUUCCGAAGAACGGCCAGAAGAUCUACAGCUGGUAGAUAAUGUAGAGGGCAGUGACGGCAUUUUGCCCAGACAACAGUAUUUCAAACAAAACUGUAGUCAACAUGAAACCAGUCCAGUUAUUUCACAUUUUGAAAGGUCAAAGCAAGGUUCAUCAGUCAAUGAAGAAGAUUUUGUUAGACUUAAACAGCAGCAGAUUUCAGAUCAUAUUUCACAGUCCAAUGGAUCUGGGCAAAUGAAAAUGUUUCAAGAAGUUCCUACAGCAAAUGUUUUUGGUCUAGGUACUGAGGGACAAGUAGAGAGAUUUGAAACAGUUGGGAUGGAGGCUGCGCUUGAUGAAGGAAUGCCUAAAAGUUACUUACCACAGACUGUAAGACAAGGUGGCUACAUGCCUCAGUGAAAGACUAUUUCUGUUACAACUUCAGCAGUACCUGUAAAGUAAAGCUAAAAAUAUUUUAUCUGGAAUUUCAGAUAAAAAUAAUCUUCACCCACUGAAGAUGUUGAAAAUGUACUGUCCUCCCACAUGGGCUGUUUCCUUUCCAGAAUAUCUGGGAUUCUACUUUAAGCACUACAUAAACUGACUUCAUCCUCUGAAUAGCUGAAUGACUUUGUGCUGUUUUAGGAUGUUUGCACUGAAGAAGAACAGAAAGCUUGUCUGAAAUUUAUAAAGUAAAACUUUUUGUUUUGCUACCUAGAAAACAGAGUAUUUAAAUAGUAAGCAGUGAGCACAGCUAUCCUGAUUUUAGUGAUAAUAGUCAUCAAAGUGGCUUCGGGAGAGUUAAUAGAAAAAAUUAGGGGAGCAAAGUCUAAACCCACUACUUCAGCUGCCAACGUAAUGUAAAAAGAGGUUCAGACGGCAUAACUAUAUGAGCGCAGCUUUUAUUGUCUGACAGAAAAACCCACAACAAAUGGACUCAUUUAAAAUCAUACCAACAUAUAAAAUAAGUUUUCUUCCAUUGGUAAUAAUGUUGCCAGUUACUGGAGAAAAGGAAUUCAGGAAUUUUAACUUGGCAAAUUAAAAAUAUUAAUUUUUGAAUGUUACAUAAUCUUAACAAAUUUUCAAAAAAUUUUCUAUCAUUAUUGACAGCCUCUCUGAAGAUCUAUUUCACAAAGUCAUUAGGGUGUCCAGAUGAGAGCUAGGAAGGAAUGCCACAAGCUAUCUUAAGCAUUUAAAAAAUUCUUUGCCAUUUAUAAAGGUUUAAAUUGUUAACAUUUUCUCUGUGUGUAUAUAAACAUUAUUGAGCCUUCUUGUUAAGACUUCAGAGAAUUUGGUUGAUGAAGCACUUUAUAUAAUAUGUCUUUGGCUUAAAAUGUGUUUUAAUAUUCUUUGUUUUUAUUUUUAAGUAGGCUGAGAUCAAAAAUGUUCUUUUUUUCUAGUAAGUGUUUGAAGCAAACUAAUUAGAAGACUUGGGCAAUACUCACCAAAACACAACCCCCAAAAUGUACAUAUUGAUCUUAGUAAAUAUCACGGUUAGCAAAUAUCCUUAUUGUAGAGGCACUUAAUGAAUAGUGUUUUAAUAUCUGCCAGUUCUGAGGUAGGUGGAACUUAGUUUUACAUUGUGAUUUAGUAAUAUUUUAAACCCUUUCCACAUGUUCUGUUCUUCAGUGGAGAAGUGAGCCAGGCCUGCAGAGUUUAGUGCUAAACCCCCUUUUGCACUUAUGCCAUUUCCAUUUGACAAGGAGGCAGGGGGUUGAAGAUAGGAGCUGAGUAAGUGAGAAGAAGUUGUCAUAAAUCAUUAGUGGUUGACUACUGCUAUCAAGUAGUUUGGAGAAUAUAGGUUUUGUUUUUCUGUCAUAUUUAAGUUAAAGAAACCAGGUCAACUUAAAAUAGUUUGUAGAGGUUAUGAAGAAUAAAAUGCCAAGAAACAUUGGUACCCAUUUACAGUUGAAAUAGGAUUCUACUCAUUACUCUUUCAGAAUAUUGUUCACAUGAGACUUCCUGUUACACUUUAUCCUUUGUAUUCUUGCCUAAUAAUUUUCAUGAGUUCUUUCACAAAUAUGGUCUUUGUGACACAGAGCAGAUGCUUUAUUCUGAUAUAUCCAGUUCUACUUUCGGCACAACCAACAUGAGAUUUGUAGAAUUACGGAAUUAGAAGUAGAUGAGGAAAAUCAGGCACAGAGAGGUCAAGUAGGGACAGAGAGACUCCAGACACACUACAGGACAAUGGCAUCACCACCAUUUAAGUUGGUUGUCAAAAUCUGGUCCAAAUCAGGACUACAUUUAUCUUCCUAAAUGUCUGUCAUGAAAUUUAUAUCUAAUCUAUUAAAUUUUUUAUUUCCUCAAAUAAGUAAUCGCUUGAUUGUAAUCAUGUUUAGCUCUCACCUUAUAACAAAUAGGAGAGUUGAGAAGAACAUUCUAGUGUGAAGUUUGUACAUGGUGGGGGGCACUUUGAAAUGUGAACUCAUGAUCUAAGGGAAUAAGAAUGAAGAGUCAUUUAAGAAAGGACAUUGUGCAAGCAAAUUUGUCUGUUGAAACUUGUAUAGAACAUGGUGCAGUGAGGGAAUGCCUCCCAGCCCCAAGAUCACUUUGGACAUUAAAUGGAUACGUGAUUACUGUGUAAUAAUCCACUCAAGAAAUAAAUCUAUAUUUGGUCACUAAUAUAUAACAUACAUCUUUUGCCCAAAAAGAGAAAAGCAAUCAUGAAACUUGUUUUAAGUACAAAAUUACUUUCCUAAGGCAUAUCUUAGAAUAAUCUAUGUUUUGAUGCAUGUAAAUUGUAUUUUAGGUAGGCAGAGAAACAAAUCUGGUUUAUUUAUGUGAAAAUUAGUCUACGUUAGUGGAUUUAUUACUCAUUAAAUCUUUAUAUCCAAAAAUUUAGUUUAAAGUAAUGCUACCAUAUCAGAAAACAGCCUCUUUGUGGACAAAACUAAUUUACUGCGUCUGAUGCAGUUGUCCGCUUGUAGGAUUAAAAAAAAUAAGCAUAUGUUAUUUUGUUGAAAUGGGUAAAAUGUCAAAAUAAUAAGCUACAGAAAACUUAAAAUUUCAUUGUUAGAAAUUCUUUGGAUAGCUUUGUAUUGUAGGUCGUGUCAGGUUCUAUUGCCCGGGUAAGAUUACUUUAAAAAAAUUUUUUGCACUUUUCUGUAAGUUGAGAAGAUGAAGCCAUGAAAUAGCAAGGUAUUUAGGUUUAGCCUAAAACUGGAUAUUUUCAUUGAUUUCAAAGAAAGUAUAAACCAGGAAACCUAGAGCCUAAUUCUUUGGACAAGUCCUUGACAGCAGUUCCUUUUCAGUCUUUUCAUAAACAGAAUUCAGAUGUAAGACAAAACAAAACUUUCCAAAGCCAGAUGUCAUAUCUUUCGGAUUAAUCUAUUUCUUAAUCAUAUGUGCUACUAGUAUGUGUCUUAGCAUGAUAUUCUAGCAUACACUGCAUUAAAAAUAAAGGAAGGUAGCUCUGGGUGAGCUCUCUGUUAGGCAUUUUUUCCUAAAUUUUUAAGAGUUUCUUUCAGUCAAUAGUUCCUUCAAAUGGGUUAGUUUCCCUUCGUUACCCAGUCGUUCUUUCAAGUUGAUAGAUGAUGAUGGAAAUGCAUUUAAGGCCAGUGGGGAUAGAUGGUCCAGGUCUUUUGUCCCAUAAACACAAACUUUGGAUGAUAACUACGUGUUUCAAAUGCUGUUACAUGAAUAGCAAAAUGUGAUGGUCAGAAAUAAAGGGAUACUUUGAAGGUGGAUGUUUGAAAUUCUUUAGUCUUAAUGUAUAUGUAUAUUGAAUAAUAUACUCAAAAAAUAAGUGUGCAAUUUGCUAGUACUACAAUACAGUGAUUAGCAUUAGGUGUGUCUCCUCUUUUUAAAUACUAGCUGUGUCCCAUUUACUUCUAAGUGCAAUCCUUUCAAGUUCACUUGCUCUUUUACCCCGUCUAAUCUAACUUCACAUAGAAGCCUUGUCUAGAGAGAGUAAUGUACGUAUUUUUACCUUUGCAGUGAAUUGCAUGUGCUAUCGUAACCACAGCUAAUUGCUUUUAUGUUGACAUAACUCUAAAAGUUGUUGUAAGUGUUCUCCUAUAUAUCAGCUCUAAUCCUUUCAGUAAAUUUAAAUAAAUUCUUGUUCAGA